CUUAUGAGUCGUUUGGUUAGCAUGACAAAUCAUGUUAAAUGUUAUUAUCAUGAGUUAACCUGCUGUUUGGUUGCUUUGUUUGAUAACAUGAGGCCCGAUGUCGGCCCGUCAAAGCCCGAACUGUUCAUCCAAAUAACAUGUGUUUCGUAUCAGCAUUUGAGGCACCGAUUAUAAUCAUGCCUCGACUCCCGUGCCCGAUACAGCAUCAACAUUUCCAUUUUGCCCUCUAUACGUGAUUUGAAUUUUGGAAACACCUCCUCCAAUAAUUCAUCCCCAAACCUUGUGUGAAACCACUGCAGACACACCCUACAAUUGAAGCCAGAGAUUGUUACAACACUUGAGGACUCCAUACCCCCACGCACAAAAGGGGGUCGGCGUUAGGGAUCCGAUUCGUCCACCGGAAUCGGUCGACAUAAACAUCAGCAAGUUUUCGCCCAAAUUUCAGACGUUGUAAUUGAAUUGCUCGUGAUGGCCCGUAUUGUUCGUGUACCCCCUUCCGUUAACCUGAUGGUGGAAGAUAUACUUUUUUUGUUGCGUAUUCAACAAAUCAUCAUUCUGUACUUAUACUUGAAAAGAACAAGGCGUUUUACACGUCGUGUAAGAAAUCACCAAGUUAGGUAUUCACUAAUUGAGCGAAUCCCUCCACAAGUGAGGCAUAUGAACAGGCUCACUGCAGUUAGUGAUGUCGACUGUUUUUCGAACCUCCGUAUGGAUAGGAAUGCAUUUGGACGAUUGUGUAUUCUUUUAAGAGACCGUGGUGGACUACGGAAUGGUCGAUUUGUGUUACUAGAGGAGCAAGUAGCAAUUUUCCUAGGCAUUUUAGCCCAUCAUAAGAAAAAUAGACCUUCUGGAUUUGAAUUUCGUCGUUCGGGUGAAACCAUUUCUCACUAUGUGCAUCUUGUACUUAAAGCGGUACUCAAGUUGCAUACAAUUUUAUUGCCUCGGCCUGAUCCGGUGACAAACAAUUGUGUUGAUCCACGAUGGCAACACUUCAAGGGUUGUAUUGGCGCUUUGGACGGCACUUACAUAAAUGUGCUCGUAAGGACCUUAGACAAGCCACGAUAUCGCACGCGAAAGGGCCAAAUCGCGACCAAUACUCUUGCUGCGUGUGACCGCAAUAUGAAGUUCUUAUACUUUUUACCCGGGUGGGAGGGAUCGGCGGGUGACUCUCGAGUGCUUAGGGAUGCUGUCACUAGAGAAGGUGGAUUGAGAGUAAACAAAGGAACUUAUUAUCUAUGUGAUAAUGGAUACGCAAACAGUGAAGGAUUCCUUACUCCGUAUAAAAACGUGCGCUAUCAUUUGAAGGAAUGGGGAGUCGGGACCCAGCGUCCGCAAAAUGCACGAGAAUUGUUUAAUCUAAGGCAUACUAGAGCUCGUAACAUAAUUGAGAGGGCCUUUGCAGUGCUAAAGAUGAGAUGGGGUAUCUUACGGAGUGCUACUUUCUAUCCGAUUAAGAUCCAGAUCCGGUUAAUCAUGGCAUGCUUCCUGCUACACAAUUUCGUACGGGGUGAGAUGCACAAUGAUCCAAUUGAGCAACACGUUGACGGAGAUACACAACCUCUGGUCGAUGAGGAGAUUCAUGGUGACCUAGAAUUCGUAGAUCAAGUAGAGCCAACUUCAGAAUGGAACCAAAUGCGGGAUGACUUGGCUAACUCCAUGUGGAGUAAUGUGUGUUUUUAUGUGACUUUUCCAAAUUUAAUUUGGUUAAUUUUGCCUAGAAUUGUCAGAUUACAUCUGUUAUAUAAGCAGUAUCUUAUUGUGAGGUUAUUAUAAAUAAUUACAUAUUUUCUCAAUGUUUUUUGUUUUGUAGCGAGCCAAUGUCGACGGUAACUGAAGAAUUGGACAUGAUACCCGAGUGUCUUUGCGGCGGUGGCAGGAUGAAGUUGUUAUGUGCUGGGAAAGCGGCCACACACGCCGGUCGUUACUUUUAUAAAUGCCCAGCCGAUGAUAAACAUUCCGGGUCUUUCUUGUGGUGCGAUGACUACCAUUCUCGGAUAGGGGAUGGCAAGCAACCGACAUAUGUAAAGAGUCAACUUUAUCGGCCUAAUAAACAUAUGAAGUACAGGGAGGAAGCGAAAAAUAAAAACAUCAUCAAGCAGGGUAGUGAUUGUGGGGUCUGUGGCCGCUGUCGCGUUGAAGCUCGGGUGAACCUCUUGUUGGCUGGCUUGGGUUUAGUUUUAUUAUUGGUUGGAUUUGUGCUAGGGAAAAUGGUGUAGUUUGUUUAUGCAAAAUGUGCAACAAAGACUCCAACUUAUUAUGUAGUUUUCUAUUCAUGAAUUAUGCUGUUGCUAUGACAUUUGGUGAAUCACCUACAUGCACUUAUAUUUUGAAUUAAGUUGUUUGUAAUUUGUAUAUUAUGUCUUGGACGAAA